AUGGGAAGCACAGCAAGUAAGUGCGUGUCUAGUUCACUGCAUGUAAUAAAGGUGAAGAAAGGUUCAGCUGCAGACAGGCACAGAAUACUUCCGAUCCUGCACUACAUCACGCAGGUGAACGGAGAGUGUGUUCAAAAUGAAAAAGACAUCCGUAGGAUAACAGAAGCAUGGGAGGCAGGACAGGUGCAGCUCCUUAUAUAUGAUGCCAGGUCAAAAAAGGAGUCUGUUGUAGAGAUGACCAGAAAGGACAGAGAAAAUAUUGGGUUUAGCAUUAAGCUGCACAAAGGCGAAAUGGUCCCACAGACAUUCCGGAUUCUGGACGUGGAGUACAACUCGCCUGCCUUGGAGUCAAGGCUAAGAAAGGACGAAGACUAUAUCAUUGGGCACGAAAAGGGUGCAUUUGUCUCUGAAGAUGAAUUUGAGCACGUUCUGCUCAGCCAUAAAGGCGCACCGCUCAUUCUGCAGGUGUACAAUAUAGGGAUGCUUAGCAUAAGAAAGGUAAAAAUAUCCCCGACCCAGCAGGGCGAGAUUGGGUGCAGUCUGGGGGGUGGCAUACUAAAUGAAGUUCCGUAUACUGAGGCAAGAAUCGAUCUGGUGGAGAAGACAGAGUGCUCUUAUAAAGGCGAGAAGGCGGCUAAGGAAAAGGACAGUGCAAGCAGCAUAAAUGAAUCUCAGAAGAGUGGCCCUGUCCCUAGUCUUCCAGACUCACAUGCAGAAGAAAGCACCCAGAUGGAGGAAGUGCCUAUUGAUUCCCCGAGUGCAGUCCUUCAGAGUGAGCAGGAGACAGCUGCAGAGCAAAACACAGUGAGAGAAAAGAGCAAAGAAGAAAAAGAGGCAGAAGAAAAAAUGACAGCAAGUAUACAGGAAAUGCGGAUCCACAAUGCAUGUGAUAUAUCCAGCGCAUCUGCCCUAUCAUAUUCCAACGAGGGGGAAGAAGAGGAAAGACAGCUAGAGAAAGACCUACACCAGUCCUUAUGUGAAACAAAUGGAUUUAACGAACAAGUAGUUUCUCCCAAUGCAAGUGCGUUAGAAGAUGCACCAAUGAAUGCGCCUGUCAUAGAUCACAUCACAAGGAUCUCCAAUUCAGAAUAUAACGAUAUUUUAGGUGAGUGCGAUAUCCAAGGAAUGCAAGAUAAUUCUGUUAACACACUCUAUGGUUAUGAUAAUUCUGCAAAUAUCGCGUCGUAUAUGCUAAACGGACAAGAUAAAGAUAUGUACAACUACUCUAAUCUGCCAGGCAUGGAUGCGUACAGUGGUUAUGAUGCACCAUACAACCAGUAUUUGUAUAAUGAAGGCGAAGAGAUUGCCGCACAGCGAAGAGAGCUGCAGAGUCUUCGUGAAAAAGAACUUCGUGAGCGGGAGAGUGCUGUUCUUAUGGAGAUGCCCCGGGAGUACUACAUGCAGGAGUGGCCUGCCCCAGAGAAGAACUAUGCACAAGAAGCCAUCUAUCAGCCAAGCACACCGAAAGAACCAGAGCCAGUGCAGAAAUCAGAACCCGAGCAGAAACCAGAGAAGCCCAAGGUUCAAUUAGAGCCGACUCACAGUGUAAAAGAAACAUUCCGUGAAACAGUUAAAGAGUAUAAAGAGAUUCCAAAGAAAGAAGAGCAUAAAAAUAGCCCAAAAGAGACAGAUAAUCAGCCUAAGCCUAAGCCAGUGGCUUCUUCACCAGCACCAAAGAAACAAGAGUGUGCUAAAAGUCCGUUUAAACAUUCAGAGUUUCGGGAAACACAGCCUGGACCACUUGCAAAAUACAUGCCUCUACAUUAUCAGGAAGACCAAGGACUAGGCGGCUGCGAGUCUUCUUUCCCACCUGCACAGCCACAAUUUCAGCCCGAGUAUCAGCCGCAGCUCCAACCGCAUUUCCAACCGCAUUUCCAACCGCAACUCCAGCCAUAUCCAGUGAAGAGAGAAAAAGAAGUGCAAAGCCAAAGAGAGGAUGAAAGGGAAGAGGAUGACCAAUUGGCACGGCAGCCUCCAAAAGAUCUUUUUUAUCUGCAGCCAGGUGACGAGGGCUAUGGAAAUGAUGGGUUUUCCGAGUACUUCUAA